AUGGAGGGGUAUAAUAUCUUCGUCUCGGUCGCCUUCGUAUCCGCUCUAAUCUGCGCCGUCGGCCUCCUAGUGGUGGGCCGCUGCGUCUGCCUCCGCUACUUCUACCACCACGGCGGUGGGAACACCGCAGCGAGCAGCUCCACGGCGCAGUCGCCGCCAAACGGGGGUCCAAAGGAGGAGAGGAUUCUCUCGUCAGUCCCCAGAGUGAGAUACACCGGCGGCGACGGAAAAGUGGGGGAGUGUGCAAUAUGUUUGACAGAGUUUAUGAAGGGAGAUGAGAUGAGCGUGAUGCCGCAGUGUGGUCAUGGGUUCCAUGUGAAGUGCAUAGAGAGGUGGAUGCGGCGGAGCUCGUCGUGUCGGCAGAUUCUGGCGGAGCCCAGUAGGCGAUAG